AUGAAUGCUGCUGUCGUUAAAGUUGUUUCUUCAGGGACUCCACCUUAUCAAUACGAAGUUGUCCUUGAAAAAUUUCAAAGACAUGGAAUUUUGAUGUUUGACGAAAUUCAAGUGCGGGAAAGUGUAAGCGUCAAUUCGAAGAAACUGACUUACGUUGGUCUCUCUGAUUUUGGAAAUGAUAUGCUCGAAAAGCACGGAUUGGAUUUCAACGAGAAAGCAACUCAUGCUCUAGUUUUCAUGUUUCAAUCUUUAGCAGACCGAUAUACUCAACCUAUUGGUGUUUUUGCUUCCAAAGGGCCAGUUGAUGGUACUACUUUAGCUCAGUUAAUAAUUAAGGCCGUAGUAUUACUCGAAAAAGCAGGUGCCUAUGUGCAUGCUUUUAUCGCAGACGGGGCGCUAACGAAUAGAAUGGCUUGAAGUAUGUUAGGAAUUGAUGGGCGAAAAAACUCAUUAAAGAAUUCUUUUGAACAUCCACUAGUUCCCGAAAGGAAAAUUUUUGCAUUUUCAAAUACUCCUCACUUAAUUAAGUGCAUUAGAAACCGAUUAUACAACGAGAAAAUUCUUCAAGUAAGUAAAGCAAGAAUUUCACUCAUCUUUCACAACACAAGAGGCAAUGAAA